CGGAUGAGCAUUUCUCUGUAAGCACAGUCUUAUAUAGCAGGUCACAAAGGGAACUACGCAACGCUGAGACACUACAAAGUCAGAUUGCUUUCUUCUCUUUGCCCUGUGCUGUAUUUGACAAGCAGUUAGGCCAAAAUGCAGCUACCGGUGACGGUGCUCAAUGCUAACACGAAGCGCGAAACGGGCAAGAAGGCCCAGUUUGCCAACAUUGCGGCAGCUAAGGCUGUCGCGGACAUCAUUCGAACCACGCUGGGGCCGCGCUCCAUGCUUAAGAUGCUCCUAGACCCCAACGGCGGAAUUGUGCUCACAAACGAUGGCCACGCCAUCCUUCGUGAGAUUGACGUAUCCCAUCCGGCAGCCAAGUCGAUGAUCCAGCUGAGCCGGACGCAAGACGAGGAGGUGGGCGACGGCACCACGUCCGUCAUCAUCCUAGCUGGCGAGAUGCUCCACAUGGCGGAGCCUUUCCUGGAGAAGAACAUUCACCCCACGGUGAUUGUCCGCGGCUUUGCUAAGGCGCUGGAGGACUCAGUGAAAAUCAUUGACGAGCUGGCGUUCCCCAUCGACACCAACGACCGGAAGCACAUGAUGAACGUGGUCAACAGCUGCAUUGGCACCAAAUUCACGCACCGCUUCGGCACGCUCAUGGCGGAGCUGGCUCUAGACGCGGUGGAGAUCGUGACUGUCAACCACGGCGACCACAAGGAGAUCGACAUCAAGAACUACGCCAAGGUGGAGAAGAUCCCCGGAGGCCAGAUCGAGGACUGCCGCGUGCUCAAGGGUGUGAUGUUCAACAAGGACGUGGUGGUGCCGGGCCGCAUGCGGCGGCGCAUUGAGAACCCGCGCAUCCUGCUGCUGGACUGCCCGCUGGAGUACAAGAAGGGCGAGAACCAGACCAACGUGGAGCUCAGCAAGGAGGAGGACUGGGCGGCGCUGCUGAAGCAGGAGGAGGAGCAGAUCCAGCGCCAGUGCGAGCACAUCCUGGCCUUCAAGCCGGACGUUGUGGUCACGGAGAAGGGCCUGUCAGACCUGGCGGCGCACUACCUCACAAAGGCCGGCGUGUCCGCCAUCCGCCGCCUGCGCAAGACCGACAACAACCGCAUCGCGCGCGCGUGCGGCGCCACCAUCGUCAACCGGACGGACGAGAUCAAGGAGUCGGACAUCGGCACGGGGGCGGGCCUGUUUGAGUGCGUUAAGAUCGGUGACGAGUUCUUCACCUUCAUCGUGGACUGCAAGGCGCCCAAGGCCUGCACGGUGCUGCUGCGCGGCGCCUCCAAGGACAUCCUCAACGAGGUGGAGCGCAACCUGACUGACGCCAUGGGUGUGGCCCGCAACAUCUGCCUGGACCCGCGCCUGGUGCCGGGCGGCGGCGCCUGCGAGAUGGCGGUCAGCCACGGACUGGCCAUGCGCGCCGCAACCGUGGAGGGCGUGGAGUCCUGGCCCUACAAGGCCGUGGGCGUGGCCAUGGAGGUCAUCCCGCGCACGCUGGCCCAGAACUGCGGCGCCAACGUCAUCCGCACGCUCACCAAGCUGCGCGCCAAGCACGCGGAGAGCGCCGCCUGCUGCUGGGGCAUCGACGGCGAGUCGGGCGAGGUGAAGGACAUGAAGGAGCUGGGCGUGUGGGAGCCGUACCAGGUGAAGGCGCAGACCAUCAAGACGGCGGUGGAGAGCGCGCAGAUGCUGCUGCGCAUCGACGACAUCGUGAGCGGCCUGUCCAAAAAGGACAGGGGCAGCGGGCCGCGCGGCGGGGCGCCCGAGGUGGAGGACCACGACAACGUGGACAGCGAGCGCAUGCUGGCAGAGUAAGGGGCCGCUGCUGAGGUGCUGGGGUGUUGGAAGAUGGGGCGGCCUGUUGUGGUGUAUGCGUGGAGGAGGAGGAGGAGGAGGAGCGGGUGGGGUUGGGGCAGUGGGGUUGGGUGUCACGUGGGUGUGUGGAAGAAAGCCCUGGCGGCGUACGUAGGUAGGGGCGGAGGGGCUGGAGGUUGCGUGGGUGGGGGAGCACAAGAGCGAGCGAGCGGCGGGCGUUGCGGUGCGGCUUCGGUUCCAGGUGGCAACCGCCGGUCGUGCAUGCUGUACAUGUGUGUGGGCGCCCCUGGAGGCGCAACUAAUCAGGAAAGAGGGAGGACGUCAUGGCGAGAGAGCAUUUGACUGGCUUGGACGUUCCCGGAAUGUAGCAACUGAGUUCCUGCUGGGGGCUUGACGUCACCGGGGGUGCGUCGGCUGAAGGGCACGCCAUUGCGUGCACAGCGGACGUAGGGGUUCUUAACUGGGUUCUUAAGCUCGUGCUGUGGGUGUGGCGUCUUGGCACCCCACUAGCAAGGCUGCCGGCUGGGAGCCACUGGUUUGUGCUGUAAGGCUGGAUGGAA